AUGCCGGACCAGAAGUUUGGUGACUUCGCGGCCUUGGCCAUCAAGGCCGGCGCCCAGCAGUUGCACUUGAACAACACGCGCGUCACAGACACGGACUCACAGAAGGCCCUCUUGGAAUAUCAGGACAAGAUCUCUGCGGACACUGCGAAGAGCACGCUGGUGGACGGCGCAUAUUCGAGAACACAGCCCCAAAAGAUCUUGGACUACUCCGAAGAGCAAUCCGAGGGUGACAAGAGGAUGAUGCUGGCCAUGAAGGGAGAGUUCUGCCGGAAGUGCGGCAUGAAGAACUGCCGCUGCGUGGACUACUCCAAGUAUGGUGAGGGCGCAAAGAAGCAGCGCAUAGCGUAG